AUGGAAAUACAUGGUCCGUACCCGGAGAUAAGAAAUUUGAAAGAUUGGCUGCACGAUGAUUCCACUGAACCUUAUAUCAGUAACAGUGAAAGUGACGAGGAUGAUGGUGCAGAGGAAACAAUAUCAAAGCCCAGGGCGAAACGGCAGACAGCAACCAUCACAGUUGAACUGUUCAUGGUGAUUGAUUUUGCCAUUUACGAUUGGUGGGACAGGCUUGCGAAAGACUUGGGACAACAUACGGACACGGUUACACUAAUAGAAACUCAUUUCGGGUAUGUGUUUAGAGAAAUUGAUCUUCGACUCCAGAAUCUUAAGGAACAAGACUACACAAUCAAAGCGGCGCUUGCGGGAACGUACGUAGCCCGCAGAGAGUCUGAAUCUAACUGGACGCUCGGUAGCACCCUUGAGGUGGACGCUACAAGUCCUAGAAUCAUGGUGAAUUCCUCCGAGGCUCUAGAAAAGUUUCAGUCUUGGAUCGACACGAAUAUCGAUUUGCCUCAUUUUGACCAUGCUAUUUUAUUUACGGGUACCAAUCUUUCCUACGCCGGAAGUGCGGGUAACACCGGGCUAGCGUUUGGAUCGUCGAUGUGCUUAAACAUUUCUAAAUCCAGCAUCGUGGAAGACACGUUUGACACUCGAACCGUUACUUUUGCUACUCAGCAGAUUGUCAGGAGUCUUGGUUCCCGUGAUGACAUGGACAACAACGACUGCCUCGAGUUCUUUAACUACAUCAUGGCUCAAAAGUUCAAACUUCCGAUCAGAUCGUUUGCCUCUAAUAAAUGGAAAUUUUCCAGUUGUUCAGAGCAGUACGUUAAAAUGUACCUUCACGAAUUAGACGUCGCGGGCAUGAAUUGUUUAAAAGAGACACGUGUUUCUCAGCCUAAUCCAGACCGUCCGGCGUCCGUAAAUGAGAAACCCGUCGGGUUUGUCUAUUCGCCGAAAGAACAAUGUCAACACAAAUUUGGAGCAACUUCUGAUGUGUGUAGGGUUGCUAUAGGUACACGUUACUCCAAGAUUUGUGUCGGGUUGCUAUGUGUGGUUCCAGAAACGGGUGUGUGUGAUUACAUCUUUCCAGCGGAUGGAACAACAUGCGGAUACAAUAAAUAUUGUUGGCAUGGCAACUGUGACGAAUUUGAAGAUGGCGAGGACGUGUCGGACACGUGCGCGUACGGAAAUGACCCAACUGUUAAUUGCAAUGAAAUGAUUAUGAAUGACAUGGCGGUAUGCUACAACGAGACAGUGCGGUUCGCAUGUUGUCAAUCGUGCGAGAAGAUAAUGAUAGACUUUCCGGGGUGUGAAUUUGGCGACAGAUCAGGACAAUGUCAGAUAUCUAAAUGCAUUGCCGGAAAUAAAACGUUAACCAGUCAUACGUGUUGUUUAACGUGUGUCGACGGACCAACACCGUAUGUCCCUCCUUUAGAAAGACUCCUGUUCGAUACGUCUACUGUUUCAGUUUUUCGGACUACCGAUGUUACGACGCCUUCAACAAUUUUUCCUUCCAUUCUUACGCGCGCAACUACACAUACGCUCUUGUCAAACGUAGGGGAAAACGUUGAGACGCCUAUAACCACAAACACGAUAAUCUCGUCACCGAAUGACACAGUAACGUCAAUCGGUGACACCGGAAUUCGUUCUAAGACCAUGACGGCGGAACAAAUGACGUCAUCCGCAUCAUCCGCAUCAUCCGCAUCAACCACAGCGGCAGAUAUAACUGAGUACAGUGUGACCACAUUAAAGACCGAAUCGCUCACUGAUGUUACUGAUCCGAGUUUAACAGCGCCGCAUGUAUCUAGCACACCGAGCACUUAUAAUCUUGAUAAGCAGACGACAAUAGAGCUCACGCGGUAUACUAACCCCACAUCUGCUAUGAGUAAACCGUCGGGCAAGUGCGUCUGUUUGCCAGAAACAAUUAUUACAGAAACCGUAGCGACAACGGCUGACCCACAAUACUUAGAAGCACCAGCGUCCACCUUGGCACCGCAACACCGGAGUACCACCGCGGACACCAGGCCAACGCCGCAAACUAAUACUGACCGACCAUUAUACAUUGCGGUUUCGCGGAUAAUGAGGCAGUGCCAACGCUAUACCCGGUCAGUUGUGCAUGAUGACCUCAAUUUGUUGUAUACCAGUGUAACCAGCAGGCUACGAUAUUACGGCGGUGAAUUCGAGCAUGAAGUCGAGAGUCAGAAGGAGGCGAAUGAAAACGGCUCUAGCGAAACCCUCGAUAUCAACCGCACCUUGAAGCCGCUCUGGGUAACGCAGUACCUGCGUAUUAUGCGUCAUCUUGAUCUCAACAUCCGGGACAUGCGCUACAAAGUUCUUGCCACACUCAACCGACACGCGCAAACUAACGCUUAACCCCUUAUACUUGUUUUGUCUUCUAUAAAUUAUUUGUUCACUGGCAUAGGGGUUUGACCGAGUUGUCACGAACAUUGUGUGAUGGAUGAUCGACAUUCAUGGACCAUUUUCAAGAACAACGGGAACAUUUUAUUCAUCCAAAUUAUUAAAUAAUUAAAUACAUUUCACACAAUUUCGUAAAAAUUGAGCGACGUGUUUUAUGUAUGUUGACAUAUUAUUUUUAUUAUUUCAUUGUAUUUAAAUAGAUGAAUAGCUUUUA